CAUACUUGUAUGAUGUUACAUGGAUGAUGGUUGGAUAUGGCCGGAUGACUAAAUAGUCGUUUGAGUCGUUUGAUUGCACCGGUCACCGGUUUUGGUUGCACCGAGAUCCAGUGCCUUCGCCAUGACUGCGGCCCCAGGAAGAUCCUCUCCACCUGCACACGAGAUCGACUGGUGAUGUGACCCGAAGUACUGGGACCACUCCCUAAAAAGGCCUUACUCAACCCGAUGACUGACUUAAAAGGGACUGUUGACCUGGUGUUCGUAGUGAGUCAUGUGCAAACUGCUUAGUAAAACAAUGGUUCUUAGGGAUUCAGGGUUAAAUCAAUGGUGGGCCAGGAAUCCUGGGUGGUGGUUUGAAAGAUGUGUUUCAUCACCUGUGCGAAUGCCGCUCCCAUGCUGUUUCAUCAAUGGCACAUCCUUUUUCCUUUAUAUGGUUGGGGGGAUGGCUUAAACCGCAGACCUCGAAUAAUAUAGCUUGAAAGUCACAAGAUUGCUUAAACCACCGGGCAGCAAGGGGGCAGGUUGGCGAGCAUUGUGCCGUGCCAUAUCGCGCUUAUUCGCGCUUGUAUUCAAGCAUUUUCAUGUUGAGCCUCCACUUGGGACUAAUCCGACAUCCCAACCAAUCCCAAUGACCAAUAAGUGUGCAAGCGGCUUAACACCACAUAUAUAUAUAUAUACACAGACACACGCGCAGAAGGCAUUUGCACUUGGAGUACGCCCCAUAGAAUAGAACAAUGUGGAUGGUUCGCAUCAAAGACACUCCAACAGACGGCUUUGAGAUUGUGGUACUUCUGGUCAGGCACUGGGGAAGAGGCUCAUGUGUGUUGCUUCCGUUGAAUGGGCAAGCACUUGGUCCUUUCCAUUUUGGUUGCUCCUUGCCAUGCUCAGGUUGUAUCAUAGCGAGCAAGAGCCUGAGCGCGCUGGGCCAAAGUCCAUCUUCGAUGCCCGGCAUGCGAAAGUCUUGGAGGUGAAUGAGGCUCAGCCCUGCCACCUGCAGUCUGUGAUCCAAAGAGUCUACUUUGUGGACGCCAGACGGAAGGCCAUUAGCUUGAGGGACGUUUGCGCCCAAUAUCUCACGGAGCUCCUGGGGCCGGCGCCGGUGCCCAGCGGCUCGUUGUGGGAGCAGUUGCGGCGGAGGAGGAAUUUCAUGUGCUUCCCCGGUGAACUCGAAUCAGCCUUGAAGUCCACGGUGGAUGCCUCUCCUUGGCACUCCACAGCCAACGGCGCCAACGGCUAUGCGACCACGCCGGAAACGAAGGACGUUCUCUUGGACGGGCUGCAGCUGCCCAAAGACAGGUGUGACAGCAUCGUCUAUGCCGAUGGCCUCUUCUGGUGGAGCGCCAAUGUCCCACGCGCCAUCAUUCCGGCGAAGGACAACAGGUCGGUGCCCUCGAGCGCUUAUUGGAAGCUGCUGGAGAUUCUGGAUCGCUACGAGCCUUCGGAUCAUCACGAUUCUUCAGGCUCCCGGCGCGACAGCAAAGCACUGUGGGAGCGCUUUUCCAAGCGCCGCUUAGCGCUGGAUGUGGGCGCAUCGCCCGGUGGCUGGUCGUACUGUUUGGCCACCCAGCUGUGCAUCCAGCGGACCAUCGCCUGCGACCCCGCCGCCUACAUGCAUCCGGCCGUGCGGCGUUUGGUGCCCGAAGAGGAGGUGCGUGACGAGUUCGUUCAAGACUUCACCGAAGAAGAGCGGAAAGAGGAUCGAAAGCACUUGGAGCACCGGGCUGCCUGGGAGCAGGGACCGAGCGACGAGCACGGGCGGAUCUCCCAUUGGAGAAUGAGGGGAGCUGAUGCAUUGGACCAACUGUCGUCCCAGAAGCUCUCCAUCUUCGUUUGCGACAUGAAUGAUGCAUUAGAGGCUUCCUGCCAGCUGCUCUACCGGAUUGCCCGCGAAGGCCUCUACGAGCCGCCCUGCCUAGCUGUGGUGACCUUCAAGAACACCUGCCGAUCCAAAACCGAGUUCGAGGAGCGGAAGCGGGCGAUGCUCGCGCAGAUCCGCGCCGACAGGAUCUUGACCGAUGUUCAGGAGAUCCACCUGUUUGCCAAUACCCGGCUCGAGACGACCAUUGUGGGGCAGAUGCUGUGAGAAAAAGGAGCGACCAAACAUCCUGACAACGAAUUCAGGUGGUUUUCUCUAGACUCUACCCCCUUUCCUCACCCAAACCCUCCAAGUCAUCCAAAG